GACUCGAGGGAGAGGCCGAGAUAGCAUAGCUCGUGGAGGCAAGUCCUUAGUUAGGGGUAGGGGUAAUUCUGCUAUUCGUGCAAAUAUGCCUUCUAUUCCCAUUCCCAUAAUUAGUCCUCAACAAGGUGGUACGAGUUCUUUAGCUGGGCAGAAUCACAUAAAUCAAGUAAAAACUUUAGCUCCUAGCAGUACGACACCCGUUCAAACAUCAGGUCAUGGUAGUACCCCAACUAUCCAUUCUGAAUCAUCUCCUAAUACACCUGAUCAGAGCAACCCAAUAGGUGAGGGCAUAUCUACUCAAAGCAACACAAUUGGCGAAGGUGAUUGCACCAGUAGUCGCGGGAAGCGAACACUUGUUACUCUUGCUCCUACAGGGUUAGAACCUAGUGGAUUAUGCUCGACAAAUAUAUUUAAAUCUUUCAAGCAUGAACUUGAUCCCAAUGGAAUCAAUUGGAAAAGUGUCUCUGACGAGAUAAAAAACUUUUAUUUGGGAGAAUUCAAGAAGAAAUUCUAUGGGGACUCUUCCAUUGAUAGUGCAGUGAGGAGCCAAUAGGAGAAUAAGGCAUCAAUAAGGUACAAAGAUUUCAUUUCCAAAAUGAA